GGGGCCCCCGCCCGCCGCAAGUCCUGGCUGGUGCCCACGCAGUACGUGCUGGGGCUCUUCAUGAUCUACAUGUCCACCCAGGUGGACGCGCUGCUGGGCGACGGGGAGGGCCGCGGCCCCGACGUGGUGGCCCUCACCGUCAGUUUCUUCCUCUUUGAGUUCCUGGCGGCGACGCAGGAUAUCGCGGUGGACGGCUGGGCCCUCACCAUGCUGUCCAGGGAGAACGUGGGCUACGCCUCCACCUGCAACUCCGUGGGGCAGACGGCCGGCUACUUCCUGGGCAACGUCCUCUUCCUGGCCCUCGAGUCGGCCUCCUUCUGCAACAAGUACCUGCGGUUCCAGCCCCAGCCCCAGGGCAUUGUUACCCUCUCAGAUUUCCUGUUUUUCUGGGGAGCUGUCUUUUUAAUUACCACUACACUGGUUGCCCUUUUGAAAAAGGAGAACAAGGAACUAACACCAACAAAAGAAGAAACAAAAGGCAUCACUGACACAUACAGGCUGCUAUUCUCAAUAAUCAAGAUGCCGGCAGUUUUUACUUUCUGUCUCUUGAUUCUCACAGCAAAAGUUGGAUUUUCAGCAGCAGAUGCUGUCACAGGACUCAAACUGGUGGAAGAGGGAGUCCCAAAAGAGCACUUGGCUCUGCUGGCCGUUCCGAUGGUUCCUUUACAGAUAAUAUUGCCUCUGCUUAUCAGCAAAUACACAGCCGGCCCCCAGCCGCUGAACACGUUUUACAAAGCUAUGCCUUUUAGGUUACUGCUUGGUCUGGAAUUUGCUUUUUUGGUGUGGUGGACUCCAAAAGUAAAACACGAAGGAGGAUUUCCUGUCUACUACUAUGUCGUAGUACUGUUGAGUUAUGCUUUACAUCAGAUCACGCUGUAUAGUAUGUACGUUGCAGUCAUGGCUUUCAACGCCAAAGUCAGCGACCCGCUGAUCGGAGGAACCUACAUGACGCUCCUAAAUACCGUGUCGAACCUGGGAGGGAACUGGCCUUCCACCGUCGCGCUCUGGCUUGUGGACCCGCUCACGGUGAAGGAGUGCGCCGGGGCCCAGGAACAGACCUGCGCAACUACAGUUGCGGCAGAAAUUCAGUGUGGUGAGAUGAUAGGUGCUGUGUAG